UUCAAUAGUUAAGUUUAAAAAGUUUUACGUUAAAAAUUAAUUAAGUAUUAUUUUUUUUAUUGUCGCGUGUAUAACAAUGAAUAACUUAACUUCGGAGACGUCAGCAACUUCGAUAUCAUUGGACGAAUCAUUGCAAAAACGUGCGGAUAAAAAAGAUCUUUAUGAGAAGAUAAAAAUGAAUAUGCAAGAAAUACAACGAGUUGCAAAAGAUGUUGAUGAAAAUAUGAAAAAAAUUCGAAUAAAUGUAGAUAUUACAGCUACUUUAUUGAAUGCAAUUAACAAAUCUGAAGAAAAUUAAUAUUUAUUCUUUGAUAAAUAUUAAUUUUCAUUAAAUAUUCUAUAAGGAAUUUUAAAAUACAUUCUCAUUUUAACUUACUUUUUUAAUAGAAUCGUUUUUAUUAUAAUGCAACAGAAAAACUUUAUAUAAACGUAGAUCGAUUAAUUAGAACACUGUUUUAGCGAUAGAAAUGUUCUAAAAUAAAAUUUAUUAUUUUCUGUUUACAUAAAAAACGUAUCAAAUAAUUUCAAAGAAUUUUUGUGUUUAUCUAUACAACUAUAUAUUGUGAAUAAUCUGCAAUUAUAAAUUUAAUUGUUUAUAAUAUUAAUCGAAUAAUCUUCGUGAUCGACCAAUCGAUCAGUUAAGAAUGGACAUGAAAUCCGCGAGAUGUCAGUUUUAUUCAUCACGUUGAGUUUUGUGUCAUAUUGAAAAUGCAGACCAAUUUUUGGUACAGAAGUUAAAUGUAACAUGUUAUUUGUUUUUAUAUAAUAUAAUUGUAUUUAAAUUAAUUCCUACUUUAAAUAUAAAUCUAACAAAAUAUGGAAAAUAUUGAAAAUAAUAAUAGAUUAGAUGAAAAAGCCAUGGAUUAUGUGGAAAACAUAGUUGAUAAUAAUAAGGUUUCACAUGUAGAAACAAAUUUAAGUAAACGGCAAUUAAAACGGGCAAAAAAAACCGAAAAAUGGUUGGAGAGAAAAUGUGAAAAAAGAAAACUAGAACGAGCUAAAGCUAGAGAAAAACGUGCAUUUGCUCGUGCAAAUAAUAUAAAUCUUGGACCGUCUAGAAAAGCUUUAAAAAGAAGUACUAUGGCAGAGAGUAGUUGUAAGCUUACUGUUACAAUUGAUUUAUCAUUUGAUAAUUUAAUGAUAGAUAAAGAUAUUGCAAAAUUGAUUAAACAGAUAUUAAGGUGUUACGCUUUAAACAGAAGAGCUAUUGCACCUUUACAAUUUUCUUUAACAAGUUUUAAUGGCAAAUCCAAACAGGAAAUGGAGAAGCAUAACGGAUAUGAACAUUGGGAUGUAAAAUUUGAAUGCGAUUCAUAUAAGAGUAUUUAUCCAAAGGAUAAAAUUGUGUAUCUUACUAGUGAAUCAGAAAAUGUGAUAGAUAGACUCGAUCACAGUUGUAUAUAUGUUAUAGGUGGCUUGGUCGAUCAUAAUAGUCAUAAGGGUCUGUGUCAUCAGUUAGCAACAGAGAGUGGGAUUAAACAUGGUCGCUUACCGCUGGAUAAAUUUCUCCUAAUGAAAGCUAGAAAAGUUUUAACAGUUGAUCAUGUAUUUGAAAUACUACUUAGAGUAACGGAAGGUAAAACAUGGCAAGAAGCAUUCCUUCAAGUAUUACCAGAACGUAAACAAGCCCAACCAAUUGUAUCUCCUACAAAGACAACUGAAGAAUAUAAUCAAACGGAUGAUAUUGAAAUAGAACAAAAUUGUGAUAAAGAUAUGUGUAAUAUAGAAAAUGUAUUCAAACAAGAUUAAAAAGUUA